CUGAGUCUCUCUAAUGAAGAACCGGAAGUGCUGUUUGGCUCUCCUCUCAGGCGCGUCUCAGUGUAGUUAUGAAUUCAGCUCGCUCGGGUCCACUGUGAUUUCUUUAUUUUGCUCGAGAACACGCAGAUUUCACUUCUUCUCCAUUUUUUUCUUUUCUUUGAAAUAUAGUGCGAGUUCUGUGUAUUUAUUGCUCGUUUUUCCCCCCCGGCUGCGUCGAUUUGCCUUGGAUUUUGAAUGCAAAAUACGACUUUCAAGGCGUUUUCCCUCUGAGCCUGGUUCAACAGUGAUGAUGCUGCUUCUCAUAUAGUGGACUAGCAGAUCACUCAGGAGGUACAGGAUGCAAAGAUGGAACAGAUUCUUGCACCGCCGGGACCACAAAGCUUCCGCCCGUUCACCCGGGAGUCGCUCAAGGCCAUUGAAAAGCGAAUUGCAGAAGAGAAGAGUAAAAAGCCUAAAAAAGAAGAGCAAGGAGGAAAUAUUAAUGAUGAGGAUCAGCCACAACCUAACAGUGACCUGGGGGCAGGGCAGAAACUGCCAUAUAUAUAUGGGGACAUUCCCAAUGGAAUGGUGUCCACACCGCUGGAAGAUCUGGACCCAUUUUAUUGCAAUCAGAAAACCUUUAUAGUAUUGAACAGAAGGAAGUCAAUCUUCCGAUUUAAUGCCACUUCUGCCUUUUACAUGCUCAGUCCAUUCAACCCAAUAAGAAGAAUAGCAAUUAAGAUUUUGGUACAUUCAUUGUUCAACAUAAUAAUCAUGUGCACCAUCCUUGCAAACUGUGUGUUUAUGACUUUCGUGGAACGUCCGGAUCGUCGGACCUUGUUCAAGAAUAUAGAGUACACAUUUACUGCGAUAUAUACAUUUGAUUCAUUAAUAAAAAUCUUAGCCAUGGGCUUCUGUAUAGGCAAAUUUACCUUCCUCAGAGACCCAUUCAACUGGCUGGACUUCACUGUGAUCGUGAUGGCGUAUGUGACAGAAUUUGCAAAAGGUUUGGGUAAUGUAUCUGCUCUGAGAUGUUUCAGAGUUGUUCGGGCCCUGAAAACAAUAUCAGUUAUCCCAGGCCUGAAGACCAUUGUAGGAGCUCUGUUCCAGUCAGUAAAGAAACUUUCAGAUGUGAUGAUUCUGACCGUCUUUUGUUUGAGUGUAUUUGCACUGAUUGCCAUGCAGCUUUUUAUGGGCAACCUGAGGAACAAAUGCAUAAAGAUUCCAACAAACGACACUGAUUUCAACCUCACCCAGUACUACAACGAUCCAAAUAAUUAUUAUACAAUUGAAGGAAUGAAAGAUCCUCUGCUCUGUGGAAACAACAGUGAUGCAGGGCAAUGUCCAGAUGGCUAUAUCUGUCACAAAGCAGGCCGAAACCCAAAUUAUGGCUUCACCAGCUAUGAUAGCUUUGGUUGGGCUUUCCUCUCACUCUUCAGACUGAUGACUCAAGACUUCUGGGAAAAUCUCUACCAGCAGACUCUUCGAGCUUCAGGGAAGACGUAUAUGAUCUUCUUUGUGUUGGUGAUUUUCCUGGGAUCGUUCUACCUGGUGAAUCUGAUCCUGGCUGUGGUGGCCAUGGCCUAUGAUGAACAGAACCAAGCCACCCUGGAAGAGGCUCUCCAAAAAGAGGAAAAGUUUCAGGCUAUGAUGGAGCAGCUCAGAAGGCAACAAGCAGAGGCCCAGGCGGCAGUUGCAGUAUUUGAGAGUGGCAACCUUAGUGGAGACAGUUCCUCUCUGGGCUCCAAACUCAGUUCCAAAAGUGCCAAAGAACGAUGCAACCGGAGAAAGAAGAGGAAGCAGAAUGAAGGGGAGGAGAAAGGGGACAAUGAAAAAGUCCAAAAUUCUGACCCAGAGAGCAUCAUUAGAAGGACCAGCAUCCGAUAUUCUGUGGAUGGAAACAUACUGUCAUAUGAUAGACCAUAUCAAUCUCCUCAUCAGUCACUUGUGAGUAUUCAGGGCUCAGUCUUCUCUCCACGCCGCAACAGUAGGACUAGCAUCUUUACAUUUCGUGGCCGCCUGGGAUCGGAGAAUGGAUUUGCGGAUGAUGAGCACAGUGCGUUUGAAGACACCGGCAGCCGCCGUGGCUCGUUGUUUCUGCCACAUUGCUCUGAGCGUCUUUACAGUACUGGCAGCAGGACAAGCUUGACCCCACGUGUUUUCCUGUCCCCAAAUGGAAAAGUGCGCAGUUCUGUGGAUUGUAAUGGCACAGUGUCAUAUGUGACUGGGAACUCACUGCCUAGUUCUCCAGAUGUUCUGCAGUUCCCUGAGGUGGCCACAGAUAAAGCCAUGACAGAUGACAGUAGGAAAAAAGAGGAGUACAGGAAGAGAUAUGAAGCCGAACAACUCUCGCCGGGGUUUUUGACUGAGCAUAUAGCCAGAGAGAGGGCUCUGAGUGUAGCUAGUAUUAUCACCAACACAAUGGAAGAGCUGGAGGAUUCCAGGCGGAAGUGCCAUCCAUGUUGGUAUAAGUUUGCGAAAGCAUUUCUAAUCUGGGAUUGCUUUCCACUGUGGGUAAAAAUAAAGAAAUUAGUUCUCAUGUUUGUUAUGGACCCAUUUGUGGAUCUGUUCAUCACCAUCUGCAUUGUAAUCAAUACCAUAUUCAUGGCCAUGGAGCAUCACAACAAGGGCGAAGAUUUCGGGGCAGUCCUUAAAGUGGGCAACUAUAUUUUCACAGGGAUCUUUACAGCUGAGAUGAUCUUCAAGAUUAUAGCACUGGAUCCUUAUAAAUACUUCCAAGAAAGCUGGAAUAUAUUUGAUAGUGUGAUUGUAACCCUGAGUAUUUUAGAGCUUGGGUUGGAAAAUGUAUCUGGAAUGUCUGUUCUUAGGUCAUUUCGUUUGCUUAGAGUCUUUAAGCUUGCCAAGUCUUGGCCCACUUUAAAUAUGCUGAUCAAAAUCAUUCACAAUUCAGUUGGUGCCCUCGGCAACCUGACGCUCGUCCUGGCCAUCAUCGUCUUCAUCUUUGCCGUAGUAGGCAUGCAGUUGUUUGAGAAGAGUUACACAAACCAUUAUUGUAACGCUACCACAGACUGCAGGCUCCCUCGCUGGCACAUGAGCGAUUUCUUCCACUCCUUUCUGAUAGUGUUCCGUGUGUUGUGUGGUGAGUGGAUCGAGACCAUGUGGGACUGUAUGAAGGUAGAUGGCCAGGGCAAGUGCCUAACUGUCUUCCUCCUGGUCAUGGUGAUUGGAAACCUUGUGGUUUUGAACCUCUUCCUGGCCUUGCUUCUUAGCUCUUUUAGUGCAGAUAACCUGGCAGCCCCAUGCGAUGAUAGUGAAAUGAACAACUUGCAGAUUGCUGUGGCCCGCAUCCAUAAGGGUGUUGCAUUCGCUAAAGCUCGCAUACACAGCUUCUUUCAAAGCAAUUGCUUUAGAAGGAAAGAGAAUAAAGUAAAGGAGGAAGAUGGCAAGAAGCUGGCUGAUAUGUCAACUCAUAACACUGUGGAGCUGAUUAAAGACCCACGGUGUGAGAAAGAGGCAUCAGGUAUAGACACUGGCUCUGAGAAUUUCAUCUUCGAUCCCACCUUGUCCAUCUCUGUACCCAUAGCCACUGCUGACUCUGACCCCGAGUGCAACAACAUGGACGAUUUAAGCAGUUACUCCUCUGACAUGGAUGAAGAUAAAGAGAAGCUGUCAGACGGUUUGAGCUCUUCAGAGGGCAGCACAGUGGACCUCCAGCCCUUGAAGGAGAGAAGAGAAUCACUGGACUUUGAGCUUGAAUUACCUGCAGAUGAUCCAGAGGCCUGUUUUACACAAGGCUGUGUGAACAGGUUUCCUUGUUGCCAGGUAAAUGUGGAAAAGGGCAAAUGGAAGACAUGGUGGAACCUCAGGCACACCAGUUACAGGAUAGUGGAGCAUAACUGGUUUGAGUCAUUCAUCAUCUUUAUGAUCCUGCUGAGCAGCGCCGCACUGGCCUUCGAAGACAUUCACAUUGAGAAAAGGAAGACUGUAAAGACUGUUUUGGAAUAUGCAGAUAAAGUGUUUACCUACAUCUUCAUAUUGGAGAUGCUUUUAAAAUGGCUGGCCUAUGGAUUUGUGAAAUACUUCACCAAUGCAUGGUGCUGGCUUGACUUCCUGAUAGUGGGCGUCUCUCUGAUCAGUCUAGUGGCCAGCGCUCUCGAUUUUGCAGAGCUUACUGCCAUCAAAUCUCUGCGUACACUUCGAGCCCUGAGACCUCUUCGCGCUCUAUCACGCUUUGAAGGCAUGAGGGUGGUGGUCAACGCACUUUUUGGUGCCAUUCCCUCCAUCGUGAACGUACUGCUUGUCUGUCUCAUCUUCUGGCUCAUCUUUAGCAUCAUGGGUGUCAACUUGUUUGCUGGAAGGUUUUAUGAAUGUGUAUAUGUAACCAAUGGGUCUCGCUUGACUGAGGAUCUGGUCAGAAACAAAACCGAGUGUGACCAGCUGGGCAACAGUACCCGGUGGAAAAAUUUAAAGAUCACCUUUGAUAAUGUUGGAGCAGGAUAUCUGGCUUUGCUGCAAGUAGCCACUUUCAAAGGCUGGAUGGAUAUAAUGUAUGCUGCAGUAGACAACCGUGGUUUGGAUCAACAGCCUAAGUAUGAAGAAAAUCUAGUGUGCUACGUCUACUUUGUAGUCUUCAUCAUAUUUGGGUCCUUCUUCACAUUGAACCUUUUCAUCGGUGUCAUUAUUGACAACUUCAAUCAACAGAAGAAAAAGUUUGGAGGUCAGGACAUUUUUAUGACAGAGGAACAGAAGAAAUAUUACAACGCUAUGAAGAAACUUGGUUCGAAGAAGCCACAAAAGCCAAUUCCCCGGCCAUCAAACAAGCUCCAGGCUUUUCUCUUUGACGUAGUAACAAAUCAAGCUUUCGACAUCUUCAUUAUGGUACUUAUAUGCCUGAAUAUGGUCACUAUGAUGGUGGAGUCAGAAAAUCAAAGCCAAGAAGCACGCAGUCAUCUGAAAAAGAUCAACAUGGUGUUUGUGGUAAUCUUCACAAUGGAAUGUGUGCUAAAGAUGAUCGCGCUUCGACAUUACUUCUUCACUCUUGGCUGGAACAUCUUUGAUUUUGUAGUGGUCAUUCUCUCAAUAGUCGGCACGUUUGUCUCUGAAGUCAUUAAGUACCUGUUUUCUCCGACCUUGAUCCGUGUCGUUCGACUUGCUCGGAUAGGCCGUAUUUUGCGCCUCAUCAAAAGUGCCAAGGGAAUACGCACCCUUUUGUUUGCCUUAAUGAUGUCCCUGCCAGCCCUAUUCAACAUCGGUCUUCUUCUCUUCUUAGUCAUGUUUAUCUACGCAAUUGUUGCCAUGUCACAAUUUGCCUAUGUCAAGAAGGAGGCUGGAAUAGAUGACAUGUUUAACUUUGAGACUUUCGGCAACAGCAUGUUAUGUUUGUUUCAGAUCACUACCUCUGCAGGGUGGGAUGGACUCCUGUCACCCAUGCUUAACAAGUAUCCUGAUUGCGACCCAGAAAAGGAUCACCCUGGCAACCAGUAUAAAGGUGACUGUGGCAACCCAGCUAUUGGUAUCAUCUUCUUUGUGAGCUACAUUAUAAUAUGCUUCUUGAUUGUGGUGAACAUGUACAUAGCUGUGAUCCUGGAAAACUUCAGUGUGGCUACAGAGGAGAGUGCCGAGCCAUUAAGUGAGGACGACUUUGAAAUGUUCUAUGAGGUGUGGGAGAAAUUCGAUCCUGGCGCUACACAGUUCAUAGAAUACAAACAGUUGUCUGACUUUGCUGAUACCCUCGACCCACCUCUGCGUAUACCUAAGCCCAAUAGGAUCCAGCUGAUUAACAUGGACCUACCAAUAGUAAGCGGGGAGCGAAUCCACUGCUUGGACAUUUUGUUUGCAUUUACUAAGCGUGUCCUCGGAGAAGGCGGCGACAUGGAUGUUCUUCGUGGGCAGAUGGAGGACCGUUUCAUGGCUUCUAACCCUUCCAAGGAGUCUUAUGAGCCCAUCACUACAACUCUACGCCACAAGCAUGAGGACAUGUCAGCUGCCGUCAUUCAGCGGGCCUACAGGAUGCAUCUCAGGAGACAGAAUGUAAAAAGUCCCUCUGACACAUUCAAAGAAACUGUACAGGAGAAUGGAAUGGUUUCAAACAGGUUUAACAACCACUCUGCUUCAGACAAAUCUGAAACAUCAUCUUCUACCAUCGUCCCACCAUCAUAUGCCAGUGUAACACAAUCAGGUAAGAACAAAUAUGAGAAAGACAAGAGGGAAAAGGAAAUAAAAGGAAAAGAUAAUAAGGACCGGUGAAGGUAACAUGAUUAUUAACAUAAUUUUUUUUUUUUAAACCCACUCUUUAGAAAUACAGACUUUUUUUUAGAGUUUGACAAUAUGAUUAUGUUUAUAUUAUAAUCAUCUCCAUGGAUCAACUAUGCUCUUUUCCUAUGUGUGGUUAUAUAUGUGCCAUAGUGGCAAACCUUUGGCUGUCAUCUAAUUGAACUUUUUAAUUUCUUUAAAAGUGUCUUUAAUGAUGUUUUGAAGAAUCAUUUUGCCUUACUUUAGUGUCAUUCGUUUUUCACUGAAAGACAGCCAUUAAAUCAGUUCUAGCAUCUUCUCAUGCGUUCUGGGACCGUCCAUAAUUUUUUUUCCCCCACAUGCUUCCCGCUCUCAGUGAUGCUUUUGUCGUAUAUUACUGCUAAUUUUCAAACCUUGUCAGAAAACGAAUGGAGGAAAAAACUUCCUUGCCUUUCUGAAGUCAUUUGGUUUUAUCAACAGCACUUCCUCCCCAUUAUGUUUGCAGAUAUUGUUGUCGUUGUUCGAUUAACCCAUGUACUCUGUGUAAUGUUUCUGCUGUAAGGCGACAACCAUGCUUCCGUCCUAUACUUCCCCUCGUGCAGAGAUUUUGAAGCAUGGAUGUUGCUAGGACUCAUGAAUCUUUUUAAGCUGCAGUGAAUCACUUUGUUUACAACGGACAAUUCAGGGAAUUUUAUCUUUUGAAGAAGUUGAUGAAAUCUUUUUCAUGAGCAGAGAAAUUGAGCCAUGUCAUGUCGGACUCUAAUGAGAUGGGAUUGAAACAAAGCCUCUCGAAUGCUAUGUAAAACAGAAGUAGCCAGUUCCUCAUGAAAUCCUUGGGGAAUUCGUGGCACUUAUGCAGGAUUUAUCCUCCCACAUCAACCAAAGAGGGACCUGUGUGCUGCAGCGAAUGAGACAAUGUAUGUAAAUGUGCCUAUGAAUGUACUAGAAGAUGUGUAUGAGCGAGCAUAUCAUACAAGAUAGAAACGGGCAGAAUCAGCCAUAACCAGCUGUAACUACACUGUUGAACUUAGCAUGUAUAUAAAUCUUGUCCUAAUCAACACCAUUUGAUUAUACCAGUGUAGAUCAUGUAUUUGGACACAGUCUGUCUGAAGGAUUGAAAGGACUUGCUAUGCAUCCUGGGUAUUUGUGUUCUUUUACAUUAAGGCUGUGCUAGAGAUUUGAUCCUGCCAGAAAGAUUAAGCUUGCAAAGAUUCAUUUUAUUAUAUUUAUGGAACAUAAAUUUGUAUUAUUAUCAUCAUUUCUAUGAAUAAUAUUAGAAUGAUAAACAUAUCCGAAUAUUUUGGUGGGAUACCGCUUUAAAGACGAGACAAUAGGACACAUCACAUGGACAUCUGUAUUUAAGACAGUGUUGUAUCGCAUCCAGUAUUUCAGGAUGGCUCUACGCCUCACAGGUGCCUCUUAACCAUGUUAGAAAGCCAUUAGUAUAUGUGCCUAUAUUUGCAUCAUGAGCAUACAGUACAAAAGAAAUCCUUUAAUAAACAAAUUACUCUUAGGUCUUACCUUUAAAAAAAAUCUAUUGCACAUUAAAGCCAUUCAAGAAUUUAGAACUUCCACUGUAUUGUGGAGCAUUUGUUCUUGUAGUCUUGAUGAAACACACUGACCAACAAGCCAUCCAUCAUGCAUACUAGCAGAUAUAUUGUACGAAUAUGAAUAGUCUAGCAUAUUUUAUAGAAGAUUAUGCUUGAAAAUAAAAAAAUGACUUAAAUAUAUUCUGCUUCUAGUCAGCGGGAGGUUGGGUAGAAACAAUGUGUUGACUUUAAUUUAUUUCCUCAAUAUGCCUAUACUGCAUUACUGAAAUAUACUGUAUAUCGCUUUGCUUUUAUACACUGUGUGUGUGUGUCAGAGUGUGUCUGCGUGUCAUUUGUAAAGAGAUUUGAGAUAAGAAAUACACCACGCACACUUCAGUUGCUUUUUUUAAUUUAUUUAUUUCAUUACUUCCACCCAAAGACUGUACUCUGAAUUGCUGUACUGUGUAUUUGAAUCUUAUUUGUACCUUGAAGAGAGGCGUCUUUACAAACUGAGCAUGCUCCGUGUGCACUGAAUAAUAUUAUCUACGACUGAAAUAGAGAAUAUCUUUGGUUGAUUCUGUCUGUGCCUGGAAUUGUGCGACCUUGCAUUUGUUUACGUUAUGUUUAUGAGAUUUCAUCAAGUGCAUUUCUGUUCUGCUUCGAAUCAACCGCUUAUCCUUCAAGACUUGUUAUAUAUGUCUGACAUAAACACUGCUAUGAUCCUGUUCUGUGAGUGUGUUAUACAUGUACUAACAACAUUUUGUUGCCAGUGAAAUAUACGUUUAUAUGAAAUGAAUGUUUUGAUUACAUAAGCACAGGUAAUAGAUGACAUAUUUUAUACAUACAUUACGCUUGUAAUCUAUUAUACUGCAUGCAAAAUACUGCCAUGAGUCUGAUUAAGGAAGCCAAAAGAAUAAAGAUGUCAUGUAAAUUGGGAA